AGUGCCUUGGUCCAUGAUGUUUUGUCUGACAUGGCUGUUCAUCUCAACUUUCUUCUCAUCCUCAUUGGACUCACAGGUAUGCCAAGUCUAUAUGUGGACCAACAGGAAAUCGAAGCUUUUGAAAGAGGAAGUGUGACUGUCAGGUGCCGCUAUGAAUAUCCAGAAAAAAAAAGUGGUGCAGGCUGGGAGAGGACAUUAAUCCUGAGAGCAUGGCAACACUGAUGAAGUCAUUCUGAUGUGCACUUCAUUAGUAGUAUCUUUCAACAUUUUGGAUAAAUCAAUCAACCCUACAGUUUGUAUCAGAGAUCUGUAAGGUAAAAGUGUUAUUUUGCGUAUUUUGCACUGACAGUCGGACACAUUGAGUAAAAGCAUCAGUUUAAAUAUUAACCAAAAGCAGAUCAGAGGCCACUAAAAUUAACCAAAUUAAUGAAGUGUCAUUAUGAGUGCUCUUGCAACUUCUCCUACCAUGAGCUGACAUUUUGACAUUGAAGACUAUCAUGAAUGUGAGAGAACCUUAAAGACACAGUUCAACCCAAAAUAAAUAAAUUUAAAAAAACCUGUAAUGCUAUUAUUAAUCUAGAUUGUUUUGGUGAGAGUUGCUAAAUGUUGUUAUCUGCCGUAGAGAUCUACAUUCUCUUGUGGUGGUGCUCAAAUUGCCAAAAAACACAUCAGAAAAACUCAGCAGCAAUGUCUCUUUCCAGAAAUAAUAAGGUGGGGUGAACUGUCCUUUUUAUUCAUUGUCGUCCUCAAUCCUCCUACACACACUGGCUUUAAUAAGAUCAACUAUAUACUGCUACAAAAUAUCUGAUUAUCUUCUUUUAUCAAUAAUCUCCAGAACAUCUAGGGCUCGAUUCAGUGGAAUAACUUGGAGGUGUUGUGUAAUAUUUCGCAAAGUAAGAAACAGCAGUCUCAAAGAAAUGGAAAUGAACAAUGUGACAAGUCUUGCUCUUCAUUAUUGUGCAAAUAAAAACAGAUAAUUUAAAAUUAUAAAUCAUUGCUAUUAUUAUUAACUCAAGCAUUUUUUAUUUGUUUGUUUUUACUUGAUAUUUGUUUUAAUGAAUGUAAAACACUUCACUCAGAAUAAGCGUAACUGCCCUGAAAGGAAGAGGAAGAGAGAUUUUAACAGUUGCAAUGCAUGUUUAGGACAAUCAGGAAGCAGAAAAUGAGUCAGUGCAUAAGCCCAUGAUAUUUUUUGUCUGACUCUGCUCACUCACCGACAUGGAUGUUCCUCUCAGAGUUCUUCUCAUCAUCACCGGACUCACAGGAAUUCACAGCAUAACUGCAGUCAGUAAAGUGUCAGUAAAGGCUGGAGAAUCAAUCUCUAUCCCAUGUCUCUAUGACUCAGAAUAUAGAAACCAUGUGAAAUACUUGUGUGAAGGAUAUUGUUGGCACUCCUGCGAGUAUGUGAUUAAAACAAACCAACAAAAUUCAAAAAGGUUUUCAAUCUCUGAUGACAAAAUCCAAAGAAUCUUCACUGUGACUGUAAAUAAUCUGAGGGCUAAAGACCCUGGUGAUUACUGGUGUGCUGUGGAGAUCAAUGAUGGGCCUGAUAUCCGCAAGUAUUUUCAUCUGUCAGUCACCAGCGGUACUCCAAAUCUCUAUGUGGAUCAUCAGGAGAUUACAGGAUCUAAAGGAAAAGAUAUAACCAUCAAUUGCUACUAUCGUAACCCUGGUAAGAAGAGCUGGUGCAGGCUGGGCAGCUCCUGUGUGACGACUGGAUCCUCUGGAUUAAUAGAUGGAACAAGAGUUUCCAUCAAUGCAAAGGAUCACAAUGUUUUCACUGUGACUAUGAGUGGACUGAGGACAGAGAGCAGCGGCUGGUACCAGUGUGUUAAAGGAGACUUACAGAUGCCUGUGCAUGUAACUGUUACUGAGCCAUCUGCCACAACAACAAACAACACCUUAUCACCCACUCCUGAGUCUGUGAAUCUCACCUCUGUUCUUGGAGAUAGAACACCUCCCCCAGUUCAGGAUGAACAGCAAAGUGUCUCAGUUGACCGAAAGGGCCUCAUCAUCCGUUUGAGUUUGCUGAUCUUUGUUGUAAUGGUACCAUUGUUCAUCUGGUUUAUGUUCAAAAGACACAAACAGACCAAAGCAGAAUCAUCAGCCACAACAACGGCUAAAGAGGAAGUAACAUACAGAACUUUGAUCUUUAUGACCAAAUACCUGCAAAGCUAAUGGCAUUCCCAUCAGCCUCAUUUUUUGCUUAGUGUUUUUUGCUAAUCAGCAAAUGUUUGCAUGG